CGGAGCGAUGGCGGCCACUCGCCUGGAGCUGAACCUGCUGCGGCUGCUGAGCCGCUGCGAGGCGCUGGCGGCUGAGAGGCGGGAGCCGGACGAGUGGCGGCUGGAGAAGUAUGUAGGUGCUCUCGAAGAGAUGCUCCUUGCAUUAAAGAAACACUCAAGCAAGCCUGCCCCUGAAUUGCUGAAUGAAUAUGCCCGCAAAGUGGACUUCUUGAAGGGAAUGUUAGAAGCUGAAAAAUUGUCCUCGUCAGCAGAAAAGGCCUUGGCAAAUCAGUUCCUGGCCCCCGGCCGAACUCCCACUACAACCAAAGAGCGAACCCCAGCUACUAAAAUGGUUCAUCUGCAGACAAAGGCUCGCUACACUGGCAGGAUGAGGAGUGAACUGCUUGGUACAGAUCCCUUGUCUGUCAAUGAGUCUGAGGAGCUAAAUUUAAGGAAACGGAAAGGCUUUGUGUCUGAAGAGAAGCAGUCAGCAACUGAGCUGGAUGCCGUGUUACAGCAUCAUCGCAGCAUGCAGGAGAAGCUGGCUGAAGAAAUGUUGAGUUUGGCUCGCAGUCUCAAAAACAACACCCUGGCAGCACAGAACGUUAUUAAACAAGAUAACCAGAACCGUGUCCUCAGGCCACAGCUGGAGCAGAUGAUUUAGGGUGAAUGGUCUGUGAGUGUCAGCAGGUCCAUAGGCAGCAAGAGGUGAGCAUUGUACCCAAUGGUUCCCAUGGCUGGGUGGUAAAGCAGUUAGUUGGUCCUGGGUGUUUUCCAUUGGCUAUGCCAUACAAAGACUCUGUGUACUAGACCUCAUGGACUGUGGCCACCCUGCCAAAAUGGGGGCCAGCAGGGGCAGUUCACCAAAUGGUGAAAGCAACAGACAGGAGCCUAGAGUUCUAUUUUUGGCUCUGCCAUUCACUCCCCAUGUGGCUCUAGGCAAAUCCCUUCCCUGAUCUGCCGCCAUUGUAAAUACAGGAUAAUACCUCACAUGGAUGAGGCUUCAUUCUUCAUUGCUUCUCAGCUGCUAGAGAAGUGCCAGUUCUUUUGGAAUCCCAUCUCAACUGUGGUGGUAUGACAGAGGAGUGGUAUGCAAAGGGGAUAUUUCGUAGCGUAAAUUGGGACAACAUGCUGCCGGAGCACUCAGCAUCGAGUUGGAGAGAAAAUGUGACCACUCUCCUCCUCCUCCUCCACCACAUGCUUUGUUGAUUUUAGGAUGCCACAUCAAAGGGGGUCAUAACAAAAGGAGGGAAGCGAAUGACACAGGAAGGAAAGCCAUUUGUGUGCAUUGAACAGCAGCAUCUCACAAAAUGUAGCCUCACUUUCUUCCUUCCGUGGGACUGGCCAUGCCCUGCGUAGAACUUAUUAGUUCAUCCCUUUAUUUCCUACCAAAAACAUGUUUAGAUUCUAUCAGUAUAUUACAUUGUUACUCUAGCAGCUCGUGAAAGGGAUGGAGUCAGAGCAUAGUUUACUGCCUAGAAGUCCUGAAUGUGGUACCAUGGUAUUGCAUCCCUCCAAUCUCUGAUACACACACAUUAGUUCCAUUUCAUUCCAGCAAUACGCCAGUAACUUGCAGCAGCAGUGACUGCGUGGGCUGUCGGUUGCUGCAAAGUGCUGUAACUCAUCCGAUGAACUCUUUAUUUCUACAGCAUCCUGCAAUCCCACAGUCCCUAGCAGGUGAUGAAAUCUCACUUGUAUGUGGAGCAGAUGCUAAGCAUCCCUGUGACACCUGAAUUAUGGCAGAAAUAGACCAAGAAGGAAGGUGUGGGAGGGAACUCUGUAAAGAUAAAUGUGCCUGAAUCAGGCUUCACACAUUAGAUAGUAAAUCCCCAAUGGAAGAGGGAAAUUGAACCUCAGGUGGAGAAGAAUCACAAUUCCAGAUUCAACAGUGGGCUCUUAAUGCCCAAGCUAUGUUUUCCUUGUCCUGUCAGUCACACCUGACCAGAGUGCCAAUGUGAUUCUAUAACCCUGCAGCUCACUAGAAGACCUGUCCAUGCUCAUCCACCUGCUCUACCAUGUUAAGGUGCACACCCAGGAGCUACCACUUGAACUGAAUCAGUUUGGAAACUGAUGUAGCUGAAGCAGUGCUGCCUCCUUUUUAUGGGCACUUAAAUCCUCGUCAGAUAGCCUUGUAUUUAUUUAGCACAAGCCUGUAAGGAAUUGACUUAUGCCACAUAGAUGUGUGGUUCGCUCAAACUGAUUUAAGAAUGUCCACACAAGAUGCUUGUGGGGAAGGUUGAACUAAUUUUGCUACAACCGUUUCUAAACCAGUUCAGCUAAACUGGUACAGCUUUUUGUGUUUAGACAACGCUUAACAAAGAGAUCAUGCAGGCACACAGCCUUAUGUAUCCCCAGUGUAUAUCCUGGGGCAUAUAGUUUUGGGAUGUGGGUUAGGCAGAUGCCUAGCACAGGGCCUCAUGGCUGUGCACUGCUGUUUUGGAGAUUUGCAGUUGAACAGACAUUUCUGAAUGUAAGGGCCUGGUCCACAGCCCACUGAGGUGAGUGGAAGGAUUCCUGUCUCAGCCACAUUAGCAUUAAAUCCCCUUUUGGAAGAGGACUGAGUUGUAUAUUUGGUCAAAUUGUGCUGCUUUUGCAUGCGGAGGAAAUCUGGUAUAUUGGUGCUUUGUUUCUGAUGCUGGUAUGUCAAAUGUCUCCCUGCGUUGGUCAUGUAUGAGGACUCAAGUAAAGCUGGCUUUACAUGGCCACUUUCUGUUCAAUACCAUGGCAACACCAGGAACACACGAUGGUGAAGGAUUUUGAUGCUGAAUCUGAGAUACAAAGUGCCUUCAGGAAAUAGAAAGCAUUUACAGAGGUUUAACAGGAAUUCGUUCCCUUCUUAAGCUGCCACCAUGUUUGCUGUUGAAGUUGGGGUGCAGGGGAAAGUGGUAGCUGCUACUUUGACUCGGAGUUAAAGAGAUUCCUUUUGCCAGUCCAGAGCUGGUUUGUGCCGAGAUCAUUCUCAGACUCAUAGUCUUUAAGGUCAGAAGGGACCAUUAUGAUCAUCUAGUCUGACCUCCUGCACAAUGCAGGCCAUACAAUCUCACCCAUCCACUUCUAUAACAAAUGCUGAACCUAUGUCUGAGUUAUUGAAGUCCUCAAAUUGUGGUUUGAAGACCUCAAGCUGCAGAGACCCGUGCCUCAUGCUUCAGAGGAAGGCAAAAAACCUCCAGGGGCUCUGCCAAUCUGCCCUGUAGGAAAAUUCCUUCCUGACCCCACAUAUGGUGAUCAGUUAAAACCCUGAGCAUGUGGGCAAGACUCACCAGCCAGCACCCAGGAAAGAAUUUGCUGUAGUAACUCAGAUCCUCCCCAUCUAACAUCCCAUCACAGACCAUUGGGCAUAUUUACCUGCUGAUAACUUGGCAAUUGAUCUUUGAUUAAUUGCCAAAAUUAGGCUAUCCCAUAAUACCAUCCCCUCCAUAAACUUAUCAGGCUUAGUCUUGAAGCCAGAUACGUCUUUUGCCCCCACUACUCCCCUUGGAAGGCUGUUCCAGAACUUCACUCCUCUAAUGGUUAGAAACCUUCGUCUAAUUUCAAAUCUAAACUUCCUAGUGUCCAGUUUAUAUCCAUUUGUUCUUGUGUCUACAUUGGUACUAAGCUUAAAUAAUUCCUCUCCCUCCCUAAUAUUAAUCCCUCUGAUAUAUUUAUAAAGAGCCAUUAUAUCCCCCCUCUGUUGUUAUAGGAAACCACAGUUCAGGCCUGCACAACCCCCGACACCCUAGAGCUAAACAUCCAUUUCUGCUUAGAGCCACACAUGGGAGAGCCAGAGAACUUGGCAAAACAAAGGAAAAUCUUUAUGGAAGGGGCAUUUUCUCUUUGUUUAGCUGCUUCAUGGUUUCUGCUGCUGUUUUGUUUUCUUCCUGGACAUGUUGUCUAGUGUUUAUCUCAUUGUUUUGUCUCUAAUGCCAUUUGGCUCUAGGAGGUGGACAAUAAAUCAGGGACUGGAGAAGGUUUAGGCUGAACAAACUCCACGUUCCUGAGAGGGAGACUCUGAUGUCGAGGCAUCUUCCUCACCUCUCUGGAAGCACAAACAGCCUAGAUUAGCUAAUAACUGACAGGUAGGCAUGCAGCUGGGGAGCCUCUGGGUAGUAAACAAUUAGAGAAAACUGGCACACUAGUAGUUUUCCAUCAGAGAUUGUCCCCCUGCCCAUUCUGUUUGCACUGCAUAGCCCUCCUCCCACCCUUAGUCUCUGAUUGUGAGCUCUCGGGCACAGACAGGGUCCUCUUCUGGGUUUGGAAAACAGCCAGCAUUUUGUGACUGGUAUUGCAGUCCAAAUAAUAAAUAACUGGUGCUUUUUUGGCACUGUAAGUGAUGGCCAGGGGACAUGUGCUGGCCGGAUUGAUGGAUUUGAGCCCCUAUGAAAAGGUACCUUGUGAUAAUUCUGUAGGGGACAGCAACCCUGAUGGGCAGAAAGUGAAGGUGAGAACAGUAAUGGAAACAGGAAAUAGAGGUGAAUUAGAUGUGUCUGGGGUUUAGUGUUUGCUAAGACUCAAGUGUCUGUGCAUGCGUGUGUGCAUCCUUAGCUGUGGAACAAACCUCUGGAUAUUAAGGCAUCCUAACUACAAACUCUGUGGCCUGGUGUGUCUUGUACAUUGGUGUUUGUGUUACAUUGCAGUUUGCUGUGCCACUCAUCUGCUCUCAGUAAGCAAAAAUUUAAAUCCGUAUAAAUAAAAAGAAUUACAUUAGAACAGAGGAGGAAUUCAAUGGAACUUAGACUGAAUAUUGCACCAUCAUUUGUGACAUUUUAAAACCAGGCUGGACAAAGCACUAGUAAAGAUACAAGAGGGCCAGUCCUACAGUAGGGAAUGGACUAGAUGUGACCUCCUUGAUCUCUUCCGUCUCUAGCUUCUUUGAUUCCAUUCAAUGAGUGGUGCCAUCUGUCAUUUUCACCUUGAGCGAAGGCUACAUUUGCUAAUGCAACAAUGGGAUUGUCCAGAAGGAUUUGGCAGUAUUUCCUGUGUUAACAGUAAAACACUGGGGCUUCUUUCCUUAGCACGUAAGGCGACAGGAUCUUCAUCCUCUGAGCUUUCUCCCACCAAUAGCUGUAUGUCUGAGUACUCAGUUAUCGGAACGGGUGCGGGCGGAAGGAAGAGUAAGAAAGGAACUGUGUCAACCCAUGACGUGAAAUCUUUUGCAUUAGGAGACUUGGCACUAGUUCUAGGUCUUGGAACGGGAUGGGAUGAAUUUCCCAUGGUCAGCUCUCAUGCAUGCUCAGCUGCUGGCCUACUGAGAAGUCUGUUCUGCACUCUAUGCAAUGACAUCCUGCAUCUUGAGAACCAUGUGGCACUUUUAAGUCCCCUCCAUAAAGAACUGUCUGGGCUGUUAUACUGCAGUAAUAGAGGUGUCUAAAUACCCCCUGUUGGGGAUCUGGAAUUUCCCCUUUUUUUCCCAGCUACAGAAUGUGUUGCAGCUGGAAGCCCCAAGCUCAAACCAGUGCACUGUAUUGGGUUGUGGUGGAUUCUCCAUCACUCACAAGUUUUAAAUCAAGAUUGGAUGCUUUUCUAAAAGAUCUGCUCUAGGGAUUAUUUUGGGGAAGUUCUAUGUCCUGUGUCAUACAGGAGCUCAGACUAGAUCAUCAAAAUGAUCUUUCUGGCACUGGAAUCUAGUAAUUGCAUAUAAAACACAACUAUCAAUUAGUGGUAGAGCAUCCCUUGUUCAUGACUGAGUAGGAUUUCUAAAGCAUCUGACAGCGGGUUAUCUAGGCAGUGAACUGCAGCCUGUUGUGCAGCUCCCAUCUUGUUCCAAUUGCUCAAUCUUUCUUUGCCUCCAGCAGUGUUCAUUCCUCUUGCUGGUGCUGGGACAAUGCUGUUUAGAAGAAUAUUUUGAUCCUGGCCCUGGUCUCUCUCUCUUUGACCUAAGCUGGGCUGGUUCUGUGGCAAUGCAGCAGUUUACGAGCACACCAGCACUGCAGUAACCCUCCUACCUCCCAGAAUCUGAAAGUAAAGCUGGAUCCUCUGCUUACACCACUAACCAGAGACAUUUGACUAAGGGACAUAUGAAACCUUGGAGGCCCUGUGCAAAGCUUGCUGCAUUCAGUGAGUCUGCAAUAGCAUGAAUGGCUAGCCCUGUGCAUAGAACUUAGAGAACAAUGUGUUGGAGGCGCACGAGGAACAGAAACCAGCUCAGUCUCUCUUAGCUGCAUUGGCUCUAACAGAUGUAAUGUGUUUAAAAAAAAAAAAAAUAGUGCCUCAAAUAAAUCAUCUGUUCUGAUAUGGACUGCCCAGAGGGAACAGGCCUGCUGAGUGAAUGAGAGCUAGUUUACAAAGUCACACUGCAGAGUGAAACUGUAUGUUAAAUUCUCAGCUUGCUGCUGUCUAGGUGAAUCCUUUUGGUAAGGAUUUUGCUGCUAGGGAGCAAGGGAUUUGAAGUUUUGAUGGGAUUGAUCUGAUGCGGCUAAGUUUUUUGUUUUUGAGUCAAUUCAGUGGUUUCAAAUGAAGGAGGACCAGCGUGAUUCUUAGUUUCCAAUGUCACAGAGAAGAGGAAGUCUGAAAUGCAGCAGUGCUCUCCAGAAAGAGUCCUCAGUAUUUGCAUACUGCAGUAGAAUAGUGGUCACAGAAUGGAAAAACUAGAUUGUUUGUUUGUUUGGUGACCUAAUAUACGCUGAAAUUCUUCUGGAUGUGAAGCCAUGCCAGAUAUGCCUUCACACGACCUAUAAUCUGAAACAGUUUGGAUUUAUGAUAACACCAACUCCUUGGCCAGUAUAUUCUUGCCUUUAUUCUAAUGUGUUUUUGGCAAAGCAAAGGGAAAGAGAACACGUGUCACUAUUGUAAUAGUUAAGGGCCUGGUCUGUAGGUGUGUGCCCUUAAAGACAUGAUGCUGCUCUGUGAGAGAGGGCACAGGGGAAGCAACAGCUAAAUACUAUUUGACAGUCCUCUUUCUACCCCCCCAGCCCAUUCUAUGACCCCUUGACAUAUGCACAGAGCAACUCUAGGGCUAGGUACAGCCUUGGGGGGCAUCAGAGCACCCUGCUCCCUUCCCAGGUCUGCAGUGGGGACCUAAGAGUAGCAGAUGGUAGCCUGCUGCAUCUGCAGUGCCUUAGAACAGAGAGCAUCCAGUGCACAGCAAAAGCCCAUCUGUUACCGCUCCUGGGCCUGCCAGAACCAACAGGUGAGAGCACUGGACCCACAGGCUGCUUCCACCCUGAGAACUUAGAGGGCCUCAGUGAGCCAAGAGUGUAGUUGUCAAGAUUUGUAUGGGGCAUGGUCCAGCUCCUGCCAGAUCCUGCAGGGGCUUCUCCAUGUGGGAACCAGAUGGGAUAGUGCUGCUAUUGCUGUGGAGCAUGUGAAUACACAUUCCAGAACUGCAGCUAAAGAAUAUAUAGGAAUUGGGUUUGUGGAAGUCCCUGUGCACAUGACGUGUGGCCCUCCUGGCACAGGGUCCCACAGCUCAGCGCAGCUCCUGCCAUGGCCAUGCUCUGAAUUGUUUUCACAGGACUUUUACAGCUGCCCCAUAUGAACCUGCAACAAGGGGCUGGAACUGCUCUGCUAUGAGAUCAGUUUUAUUCCACUUUCUUUUCUGACAAUGGGCUCUCUUGAUGCCAUGGGGUUUUUUGGAGGGUGAGGAUAGGGGGCACUCUGCUGCCUUGUUUUGUGUGUGUUGCUGCUGCCUCCUCUGAAUGGGGCUUGGUGCUGGCUGUCAGGGAUGGGAAGGAAACUAAAAUAUUUGGCCAAUCUCUUCAGGGAGGCCCCCUGUUGAUAUUCAGGCUUCUGCAUCACUGAGGAGAGCCUCACUGGUGCCCAGCACCUGCAAUUCCCACCAGAUUCAGUGGGAGCUGUAUGGGCUCCCUGAGAAAAUGCCUGUUUGCAGCCAGCUGUUACUCAGGGGCAGACAUGAUGGGGUCUGGGGCUGGUGGGAAGGUCCCCAUUCCCCCCCCCCAUCUUGUUUUCCUUUAGCCUGGGGCAAAUCAAAGCUGCCAGGGGAGAUGAAAGGCCCCGGCCUGCUGUGCUGCAGCACCUGCUAGAGGCACUAUAACAUCAUAUAUUUCAUUAGCAGAGAAGCAUGUCUCAUUAAUUCUGAGCAGUGUUUCCAAUGGAAUCUGAGCCUCCUCUGUGCUGAGUGCUGUGAUUGAAACUCACUAAUUAAUACAGAGAAACACACACAGUGAUGCUUUCAUCCUAUACUCCAUCUUUUUCUCUGAUCCUGUGAUCAGACAGGAGAGACGCCCCUGCCAAAGGCCCAUCCUCACUUUUACACUACAGAUUCUUCAUGCUAAUUCAUUUCCCCCCUAGAUUUUAAGCUGGGCUAUGUCUCCAGUACAGGGAGGAAACCAAUUGCUGAGGGGCUCUUCAGAUCCCAUUGUCUCCAACAAUCUGCAUGGGAAGCCUUGCAAGAAGAGCCGAGAGAAAAGAGAAAUUCCAGCCUACUGAGAUCUCCACAGGGGAGAGGAUGAAGCGUAUUAGGACUCAAGACAAGCUAGUGCUGAAAAGUUCCCUGUUCGUUUUGGGGGGUUUGAGGGGCUGGUUUAUUGGAGCUGUCAGCAAAGAUCAAACCUAUUGUGUUACAUACCCCCAAGCUUCUGGCAGUGCCAUUGCAAAUCUUGCACUGGCAUAAAAAAAACAUGGGAGCAGCAUAAGCUAUGUCAGCGGGAGAAGCUCUCCUGCCGACAUAGUGCUAUGCACAUGAGCACUUAUGUCACGCGGGGAGAUGGAAUAUUCACUCCUGAGUGCCAUACUUUUGUCAACAUAGGCUGUAGUGUAGACAUAGCCUUAAAAACACCUUCAUGAACAGCACAGAGUCAAGGCUGAUGUAGUUAGGUCAACACAGUGUCAGUGCAGACCCUGCAUUGCUUAUGUCGACUGUUACUGGCUUUCAGGAGCCCUCCCACAAUGACCCACACUAACAGUACAAUCGAUACAAGCACUCCUGGUGAGGACACACACCGCUGACACAAGAAGCAAAGUGUAGGCAUGCACAAGUGAUGUAAUUACUGUGGCGCCUAUAUGCCAACAUAAGUUAGGUCAACUUAACUUUGUAACGUAGACAUGGCUUGAACUAAAUACAAGUUGGGAAAGAUUGUUAAGCAGACGUGGUAACACGUGGAGGUGGUCACUUGGAAUGAAGUGGGCAAUUGCAGGUUAGAUUGUUAUGCAUAAAGGGUUUGAAGUGGGCAAUUAAGAGUAUCAGGCAGUGUGGUCUGUUACAAACUUGUAAUAAGCUAUAAAGGCAGAGGCCCUGUUAAGUCAAUGGUGUCCAGCCGAGUUAUGAAUUUAAGUUCAGUGCUACCUCACCUAUAUUCUCUCUCUCAUAUCCUGGGACCAACAUAGCUACAAUAACACUGCAAAAAAAUUUCAAAUACAUUAUGAAUGUAAGCUGUUAAUUGUGACUCUUGUGAUGAUUGAGAAUUUCCAAUUUUCCAGUGCUUGGACACUUCUCUUAUCAGUGUUUUACAAAUGACAUGCACAUUUAUGCAUGUCACAGCAUUAUACUUAGAUAACAUUAUCUUACAUCAAGAAGGAAAAAUUUUAAAUACAUGAAAGGAGAGUGUGAUUAUCUCAAAGUUCCCCAUUAGCAGUUGUUAGAUGAUAAAUUAAUCAUCUAGGGAAGUAAGCAACGAACAAAGAAAAACCUCGUUGUUUUGGGGUACAGUUACUGGGUCAGAUAAGAACAAACCUUAUGUACUCAAGGCUGUCUACAUUUACCAUCUUUGAGAAAUGGAAUGUUGGGGGGGGGAGCCAGGUGGGGUGUGUGUGGGUGUAUAUGGAUUCAGUGGGAAUAUUGUGAAGGCGGCAGGAUAGUAUUUAAUGUAUCAGCCCAAUGAUUUUGGCGAAGUGUCUUGAAGUCCAUAGAAAUUAAAACCGGAAAAUGCCUACAGAUCAUCUUGUCCAGGGGUGGGCAACCUUUCAGAAGUGGUAUGCUGAGUCUUCAUUUAUUCACUCUAAUUUAAGGUUUCAUGUGCCAGUAAUACAUUUUAACAUUUUUAGAAAGUCUCUUUCUAUAAGUCUAUCAUAUAUAAACUAAACUAUUAUUGUAUGUAAAGUAAAUAAGGUUUUCAAAAUG